AUGUUGAGCUCAUUCAAGACAAGCUUGUCCGCACAAGGAUUGGCAUCGGCCAAAAAGUCCGUCGUCGCCAUCGCCACCCGCUCUCUCAGCACCCCAGCGGCGAAGAACGCCCUUCCUGAAGACAUGUCCGCUGAGGACGGCCUUGUUUACGGAGAGCCUGUUCAGAUCCCCACCACCCACAACAUCACCGUCGCUCACCUUCAUCUUCGCUCCUACCUCCCUCACCAACUGGAGUUCUUUGCUGAUUUCGCCCGUCGCGCUGCUGCCGCCUUGGAGAUGCCAUGCUCUGGCGCGAUCCCCUUGCCCGUCCAAACUUCCAAGUGGACUGUCAACAAGUCGCCCUUUGUUCACAAAAAGGCUCAGGAGACCUUUGAGAGAAAGACACACAAGCGUCUCUUGGCCAUCAAGGAUACCCACCCCGACGUUGUCCGUCGCUGGGUCCAGUUCUUGAACCAAAACGCUAUUGCUGGUGUCGGAAUGAAGGUCACUGUCUGGGAGAACGAGGAGUUGGGCGUUGGAGAGAAGAAGAUGGAGAAGGCCAAGAAGGGCGAGAGCAGAAACCGAUCUGUUGCUGCUAUGAUGGCCGAGAAUGAGGAGCCAUCGAAGGAGGUCAAGGAUGUUGCUGAUCAGCUCUUGGCUGAGAUGAUGAAGGACAUUGGCGGCGAGGAGGAAAUCACAGAGGCACAACAGCAGGACAGCAAGCCCUCAUCACCAGCAGCACCAGCACCAGGAGAGCCUACCGAGACCCCAGAUCAGCCCACGGAAUCGAACAUCACUGAUGUUGUCGAGCCCCUUGUCAGCGGAUCGGCAACACUUGACCCUGAGCUUUCGAAGGCCGUUGAGAAGGCGGUUGCCGAGACUGCCACCAAGGACGACAGGAAGUAG